UCUUUUUUGAAUUUGGUUCAAUUUUGAGUGAUGUUUUGAGAAGUAAAUCUGUGCUGCAGUGAUUUAUGUUCUUAUUGAGACCAUUGAGGCGAUAUGAGUGCGGCAAGUGAAACAGUGGGUGCCAACGGGCAUCUCAACGGGACCAACGGUGUCCACACGGAGGACCUCAAGAUAGCGGUUAUCGGACAGAGCAAUUUCGCCGCCGAGGUGCUGGAGGUUCUGCUAGAGCAUCAUCACAUUGUGGUCGGAGUCUUUACAAUCGCGGACAAGGGUAGUCGAGAGGACAUUCUAGCCACCACCGCUCGGCAGUAUGGCAUUCCGGUGUUUAAGUUCUCCGCUUGGCGUCGGAAAGGAGUACCAAUUCCGGAGGUUCUGGAAAAAUACAAAUCACUUGGGGCGACACUCAACGUUCUACCCUUCUGCAGCCAGUUCAUUCCCAUGGAGGUCAUCGAUGGGGCUACGUUCGGGAGCAUCUGUUAUCAUCCGUCUAUCUUACCCCGACAUCGGGGAGCGAGUGCCAUUUCGUGGACCUUGAUCGAGGGUGACAGAACGGCUGGGUUCUCCGUUUUCUGGGCCGAUGACGGACUGGAUACGGGACCGAUUCUGCUGCAGCGGCAGUGCCCGGUUGAAGGUGACGACACUUUGGAUUCGCUGUACAAGCGGUUCCUCUAUCCGGAAGGUGUAACGGCUAUGGCUGAAGCUGUUGAUAUGAUUGCGAACGGGACUGCUCCGAAAAUUCCCCAGACGGAAAUCGGGGCCAGCUACGAUCCUGCCUUGUUUCGAGAGGAGAAUCAGUAUAUUUAUUUGAACCAGUCGGCGGAGAAGAUAUUCAACUUUAUUCGUGGGUUGGAUUCGGUUCACGGUGCGUUGGCCUUAAUUGAGGAAGAAGAUGGAAGCCACAGCCCUGUCCGGCUAUUUGGAGCUUCGCUCUGUGGGCCAGUGUCGCUGGAUAAGGCAAAGACGAUUCGAUUCAAGGAUGCUGCCGGUCCAGCGUACGUGGAUCUCGAGGGUAUCUUUCUGACAGGGAGUGAUGGUCGAUUGGUGAAGGUUAAGCGUCUGAAGAAAGGAAGCAAAAUGAUCCAGGCUAGUCAGUGGUUUGCACAGGCGGGCAAAAAAGUGGUUCCGUUGGAAUUAACUGAGCGGGAGUUAGAGAUGGAAAGUGUGUUAAGGAACAUUUGGAAGGCAAUUCUAAAGGUCGAAAUAGAAGCCGAUACUGACUUUUUCGCCUGUGGAGCAGGAUCAAUGGAUGUGGUUCGAUUGGUGGAGGAGGUUAAGGAUGCUCUGGAAGUUCCGUUGGAAAAUGAAAACGUCUUCAUGGCUCCAAACUUUGCGGAAUUUCUACAUGAAGUAAUCACUAGAACUCGCAGUAGUUCAAGUGACGUCGGUGUUGGCCCGGUAUUUGACGCUGUAAUACUACGAGAGAAUAAAAAAGUCAUUUCCGUUCCAACUCAAAUGUUUGUUAAUGGACAAUUCAUUGACGCAGAAAACAAAAAAACCUUGGAUAUUGUAAAUCCCACAACGGAAGAGGUCAUAUGCAAAGUGGCCGCAGCAUCAAAGGCAGACGUGGACUAUGCAGUAAACAGUGCUUACAAAGCUUUUAAAGGUUCAUGGAAUCAGGUUUCAGCUAGGGAAAGAGGCCAGUUGAUGUACAAACUGGCAGACCUUAUGGAGCAACACAAAGAAGAACUGGCAACUAUCGAGUCCGUAGACUCUGGAGCAGUUUACACGUUGGCACUGAAAACUCAUGUCGGAAUGUCGAUUGAUGCUUGGCGAUACUACGCCGGAUGGACGGAUAAAAUUGAAGGCUCAACUAUACCGGUGAAUCCAGCAAAACCAAAUCAUGUGCUUACUAUUACCAAGCGCGAACCAAUUGGGGUUUGUGGCUUAAUCACACCGUGGAACUAUCCGUUGAUGAUGCUUUCAUGGAAGAUGGCCGCUUGCAUAGCGGCAGGAAACACGGUGGUUAUAAAACCUGCACAAGUUUGCCCGCUAACAGCGUUGAAAUUUGCUGAACUUACCGUGAAAGCUGGCUUUCCUCCAGGGGUAAUCAAUGUCGUGACGGGAAAUGGAACCAUUGCAGGUCAGGCAAUAACCGAUCAUCCACUGGUACGGAAGUUAGGUUUCACUGGAUCGACACCGAUCGGUAAGAAAAUCAUGGCAUCUUGCGCGGAGUCCAACUUGAAAAAAUGCUCGCUGGAACUAGGUGGCAAGAGUCCGUUGAUUAUUUUCGCUGAUUGUGACCUAGAUAAGGCUGUCCGCUUGGGAAUGUCAUCAGUAUUCUUCAACAAGGGUGAGAACUGCAUUGCUGCAGGACGACUCUUCGUUGAGGAUAAGAUUCACGAUGAGUUUGUUCGGAAAGUUGUGAAAAACAUCAAAACAAUGACCAUCGGUGAUCCGCUGAACCGGGCAACGGCCCAUGGACCUCAGAAUCACAAGGCUCACCUGGAUAAGCUUGUUGAAUACUGCGAGAUAGGAGUGAAGGAAGGCGCUAAGCUGGUGGUCGGUGGUAAGCGCGUUCCGAACCGGAAAGGUUUCUUCUUCGAACCGACGGUGUUCACGGAUGUAGAGGAUGGAAUGUUUAUCGCUCAGGAGGAAUCGUUUGGACCGGUUAUGGUUAUCUCCAAAUUUCACAGCAGCGAUUUUGACGCUCUCGUGCAACGAGCCAACAACACGGAGUACGGUCUAGCCAGUGGAGUGUUCACCAAAGAUGUACGAAAGGCUCUAUUGUUCGCGGAGAAGGUGGAAGCAGGAACAGUAUUCGUAAAUACCUAUAACAAGACCGACGUUGCUGCUCCUUUCGGUGGGUUCAAACAAAGUGGAUUUGGAAAAGAUUUAGGAAAAGAAGCUCUGAAUGAAUACCUCAAAACCAAAUGCGUGACUAUCGAAUACUAAAUUCAUCAAAAUCAUCGUGACUGCAGAACCAAAUCAAACUUGCCUUUUAUUAGAGUUACUAAGUUAACAAAAAGUGCAUUUAUUACAUAAAGACGCUACUUAAA